UUGUUUCUGUGUGUGUGAUACACAUCUUUCAUUCAUUCAUUAUAUAUAUAAAUAAUUUAUCAUCUUGAAUCAACGGUAAUUGUUGUUUGUAAGAGAAAAAGAAACAAAGAGGAAAAAAAAAGAGGGCCUCUCGCCCUCUCUCUCCUUCUUAUGCUUUCUCUCAGAUCUUAGAUUUCUUCCUGAUUUCUCAUCUGGGUUUGUCUUCUCUUGGUGGAAAUGGAUCCUGGGAAGCUGUUCAUUGGAGGGAUUUCCUGGGAUACUAAUGAAGACCGACUCAGACAGUAUUUUCAGAGCUUUGGUGAUGUGGUUGAGGCGGUGAUUAUGAAGGAUCGUACCACGGGGCGGGCUCGUGGUUUUGGAUUUGUUGUUUUUGCUGAUCCUGCUGUUGCUGAACGGGUUGUGGUUGAGAAACAUGUCAUAGAUGGUAGAACUGUCGAAGCAAAAAAAGCUGUCCCUAGAGAUGAUCAGAAUGCGUUUAGCAGAAGCAACAGCAGCAGUCACGGGUCGCCGGGUCCUACUCCUAUACGCACAAAGAAGAUAUUUGUUGGAGGUCUAGCAUCGACCGUUACCGAGACUGAUUUCAAGAAUUACUUUGAUCAAUUUGGAACAAUUACUGAUGUUGUUGUGAUGUACGACCAUAACACACAACGGCCUCGAGGUUUUGGAUUCAUCACAUUUGAUUCCGAGGAAGCUGUCGAGAAAGUGCUGCAUAAAACUUUCCACGAACUUAACGGUAAAAUGGUUGAGGUUAAGAGGGCUGUCCCGAAGGAGUUAUCUCCCGGUCCAAGUAGAGGCCAGCUAGGUGGAUUUAGUUACGGUACUAUGAAUAGGGUUAGUAGUUUUUCUAAUGGUUUCGCACAGGGAUAUAAUCCAAACCUCAUUGGAGGACACGGACUUAGAAUAGACGGUAGAUUGAGCCCUGCUAAUGUUGGCCGCAAUGGAUACACUCUUUUCAGUCCAAGUUAUGGGACAGGACUCAACUUUGAGCCACCAUUGAAUGAAAAUGAAAACUUGUCUAACUUUGUCAUGGGACGAGCAUUGAGCUCUCCCUACAGUGCAAGUCCGAGCCGGUACAAUAAUGCCAUGGGGUAUGUUGGUUCAAAUGUUGGCAACAAUUCAGCCAUAAGUUCAACAAAUCAGAGUUUGUGGAGUAACGGAAAUCUUAACUAUGCCAAUAACCCUGCAAACCCCGACUCUUUCCUAGGUUAUGGAAAUGAAAGUUCAAGUAUCGGUUCUUUUGGUAAUAUCGGAUCACUCUGGAGUACCUCUGUCGGUAAUCCUAAUCAAGCUGGAACUAUUGGGUCUGGAUAUGGUAAGAGCAAUCUUAAUUAUAGGCUCGGAGAUAUGAUAUUAGAGUCAAAAGCCGUAGGUUAUGGAAAGAGUAAUGAAGGCAUUGUUGAAUCUGAUUCAUCAUAUGCGUUCUCAAAUGGCGGCUACGGCGAGGCAUACAAAAGUACUUAUGACGCAGCGCCAUUUUAUCAAGACCAUACUUGGAAAUCAACAACUUCUGAACUCGAGGAUCCCGGUUCUCUUAGUUUUGGCCUUGAAAAUGCUGUUUCGGAUUUAAUGCGCAAAAGCUCUAGUGGUGGUCACGUUGGAGCUUAUGCUGUUGCUAAUAGACAAUCAAACAGAGGAAUCGCUGCUUAGGAUGAUUAAGCCACGAAUGAUGCUAGCUCGUGUUUCGAAGGUGAAUGAGUGUGUGAAAAGCAUGAAUCUACUUCGUUUUGAGAUACUUUGAUCGUUGCUUCUAAAAUUUCGUUAGAGCCAAUUGGUUUGGCUGUGUUGAAUAACUUGCAAAUACACAAAACUUACAAGGGGUUUUUUUUACUAUAAGGGUUGAGUGUGAAUUAUAGGUUUUCUUUCUUUGGGAUUUUGAGACUUGUUAUAUGGAGUUUGCCACAAAAAUGAUGCACACCUCUCUCAUGAUAGAGUAAUACACAAAAGAAGAAAACCUUCUCCCUUUUAUUUUCUUUUGUUAUUUUUUUUUUCUUUCUCUUUUUCAAACUGUUCUUCCUUAUCCUUCUUUGGACAAGUAGAGUUGGACCAUGUUGCUGCUAGUCUUGGCUGGUUGGUAUCUUUUAAUUAUCUUCUUUUCGAUGUUUUUGAUUUCUCAGAAUCUGUAAACGAUACACGAUAUUGUCAUUGGAAUGUUCAUCUAGGUUCCAUAAAAUGUUAGCUGAUUCAUCUUCUACACAAUACAAUUUCUUUAUAUUUCUCUA